CUCAGGUAUACACACCCGAUAUUCUCCAAGUUACAAGUAAUAUCUCAUUUUCCAGUUCGAACGAAACGCAUUCCCCCCUUCUUUUUACGACAAUUAAAUGAAAUGGCGGAAAAUACUACUACUACUAAUAGAAGGAACCCUCCCAGGCAAGUCAGAGACCAACCACCCCAAGAAAGAAAGCUCCGGGGCAAUCCGAACAGCCCAAGCGUGCGAUUAGCUAGGACCAGUGUAAUUGAUGUAUAUCCACCAAGGCCGGGGAAGAUUACUUACAAGGAAUCACGAUGGAAUAAAAACAUAACCGUAGGCGCUUUACGUCACGGAUGGGAACAAAAUCCAGCAGUAUUAAAAGGCAUGGAGACGCUCAACUUACUCCAGUCUGAACGUACAAUGCCGGUAGGACCAGACUGUUUAGAUGUUUGCCUAAAGGAGUUUAGUGAAUACCUAUCACCAUCUAUUAUGGAGGAUAUCACCAUAAUGCCAGCAACCAAGGAUAUUUUCGCUCUUGAUGAUGAAGCGUUCAUCAAGUGGAGUGAAGAAGAAUUGGAGAAGCCAGAGGUCAAAAACCGUUUCAUUGAUCUUCGUCGAAAGCCGUACACUUUCUGGCCGAUAGACGCCAGUAAAGACAAAGAUACUGCUCGCUGGAUGGUAGCCGUUAUCUACUCAACGCCGAGUUGGGAUCAAGAUGACCCUCUCCAUCCCCAAAAAAACGAAACACCCUACGACCGGAUCAAAGAGAUGGCCAUCGUAGACCCUGCGUGGAACAUUGACGAUGGAGAAACAGCCGAUAGAGUUGUAUUUAACAGGAUCAUCAAUAUCGCGGAAGAAUUAGGCAUAGAAGUGGCGCAAUGGAUUGAAACUCCAGUGCAGAUAUGGAUCCCUCCACAGAAUCUAACAGGUGCGAGUGUUGACGACGCCGGUUAUGACAGCUUUAGUUCCGGUUUACGGGCCUUCAGUAAUAUCAGAGAAAUAAUCGAUCGCAUGACGUGGGCUUAUAGCAAGAGGCCUAAGAGAUAUGAGUAUGAUGCUGUAUGGGGUGAUCUGACGGGCUUUUUUAAUCCCGAUCGCGUGCGUACGGAGAUGAUCGGCUUAGCAUCAUCGGCCGUGAACAGAGCCAUGGAAUACAUCACACGGGUGGCCAUAGAGCCGGUCGCAAUCUUAUACUUUGGGUUAGAGGAAAAACAGAUUAAUCCUCAAAGACUGUGGCCUUUGUCCACAACUGAACUUAAAGAAUGGAACUCAAGUGAACCCGGAUAUGAUGACUAUGGGAAUCACCGUUUUUGGACUGAAGAAGAACUGAACCAACGUCUUGCACAGGCAGGUCGUGUAGAGGGCAUACCUGGGAAUGCUAGUCAAGUAGAAGACUCAGAUGCAGGACACAACGGCGAGGAGGAAACUGAUGAGGACGAACUCUCAGAGGAACCCUCGGAGGAGCCGGAUGAUGACUCGGAGGUGCCGGAGGGUGAUUCGGGGGAACCAGAGGGUGAUUCGGGAGAACCAGAGGGCGACUCAGGGGAGCCAGGGGAGCCAGAGGAGCCAGAAGAGUCAGGGGAACUAGAGGAUCUAGGAGAGCCAGGGGAAGAAGGUGGGGAGGAAGAAGAGGUGGAAGAGGAAGAAGAGGUGGAAGGGGAGGAGGAGGAGGAGGAGGUGGAGGUGGAAGAGGAGGUGGAAGAGGAGGAGGAUACUCGGCAAGUGCGUCCGCGGCCUCGCGCUACUCCUGUCACUCCGACUCCUCGCGGGCACGGACAAAAGCUGGACGACAUAGCAGAAGAGAAAAGUUCAGAGGCAAACUCGGACGAAUCAUUGCCCCCCAUUGAUGCAUUUUUCUUUUCUCCACAACGGCGCGAAGAGAUGAGAAAUAGGAACACUCCCGGUAACAAAACCAAAAACCCCCCUGUUUCUGCCGUUAAAACGCCCGGCGAUGUGAGCAACUUUGAUGAUAGUUCCAUUGAAGUUGGCUCGGACUCUAGAGUCAAAAGGAAUACAGGUAGGGGAGGAGGCAGGGGCGGAGGAGGCAGAGGAGGAGGAGGUAGAGGAGGGGGUAGAGGAGGUGGAGGUAGAGGAGGUGGAGGUAGAAACAGCGGAGGAGGAGGAAGUGGCAGGAAGGAAGACCCAAUAGAAAUUGUUGAAGUGAUAGAUGAGAAGACGUCAAGGUUUGGCCGCAACACCGUCGUAACCCCAACUCCUCGGCCCGUAACAAUAAAUGACGGAUCUUCAGGGGAAGAGUCGGACCCCGGCUCAGCUCGUAAGAGGAGGAUUACGGAUUCGCUCCAAGAGACACCCGUGAAGAGGUCCAAGAUAUGAUCAGUCCUUGGGUUUGAAUUAAGAUGGCGAUGCCGGAAUUGUCAUUGUCUGGUGGAUUAUCAAGUUAAGAUGGGAUGAAUUUAGGAUGUAAUUUUAGUAUGAGGCAAUCUGGUAUAUUAGGUACAUAGGUAGAUUUUUAGAUGUCUUCUGUGGUUUCUGUUAGUUUACAUUAUUUUCAAUUGAGGGAGUUUUUAUCUACAUAUUGCCUGGAUGUAGAUGUUAUGUUGGGCAGUCAUGCAGCUUUGAAGCUUGGUUCCUGUUUAGAUGCACAACAGUUAACUUAAAAUACAUACCUAGGUACCUAAGGUAUAUAUGUAACUGCUAUGUGUGCCUGCCUUAGGUACAUAAAUAAUAAUGCCUCCCUUGCCAUUCC